UGUUAAUGUAAUUUCCGUUUCCUUCUGUCAGACAGAGAACGAAGUUUUUAACUGUUUCAUUGGUAGUGUCCAUCGACGAACCUCUUGUUCAAAGUCCAUUCUUUAGUGUUGGACUGGCCCACCGGGAUGCUGGGAGAUUUCUCAGUGGGCCACCUGCACUGCAGGGCCACAUCCUGGGCAGAGGUGCUGAGGGAACUUCCCAACCAGGAUACAGAGCAAGCCUUGUGUGCAGCAUACCAUAUCUGUUCAUGGCUGCUCUUGGAAGCCAAAAGCAUGAUAAUAAUCCCAAGCACACUGCUAAUGCAGUGAAAUCAUAUCUGGAGAGAAAAACAGCUGAUAAAAGACUGACAGUCAUAGACUGGCCUCCACAGAAUACAGACCUGAAUAUUAUAGAGGCUGUAUGGGAUCACCUGGACAGAGAAACACAUAAAAGACAACCUAAAUCACUGGGAAGUGCAGAAAACUUCAGUAAAUUCUCCCCAAAAGAGGUUCACUUCCUCGCUUUUGACUGGUUCUGUUAUGCCUCUUAGUCACUUGCCACUCCCCCUCUCACUACCGGCCGGGAGGUGCACAUGUCUCUGGAGCUCAUGGCUGUUGCUGUGCUGCAUGGAAUGGAGAUGACAAGGAAGUGACAAACGCUCAGAGCAGAUUUCAACAUUCCUGGUUAAUAUGUCAACCUAGGCUUGAAAAGGCAAGCAGAAAAAAAACAAGUCUAUUGCUUUCUCUGGUGAUCACCUGUUUUGGCAUUAGGUCAUUGCACAGUGGGGUAGUACAUGACACAGUUGUUAGUUGUAAUGCCACCAAAUAAGGAUGUUUGGGAUGGAGUUCUUCUUAUCUCCUGUUUCCUACAAGCUGGCUUGGUUUUUGGGGCUCUCCGGUCUUUUGGCGUUUUUUUCCCAGAGUUUGUAGAAUAUUUUGGCUCUGCAGCUGGAAGUGUCUCGUGGGUGACAUCAUGUGGCGUUGCUGUGCAGCAGUUGAUGAGCCCCCUUGGAUGUGCUCUUGCUCUCCGUUAUGGUUCUCGCCCAGUUGUCAUGUUUGGAGGACUUCUGGCCUCAUUAGGGAUGUUUUUUGCUUCUUUUGCUACCAGUCUUCCCCAUCUUUACUUGAGUCUUGGAGGUCUAUCAGGGCUUGGCUGGGCUUUGAUCUUCUCUCCGUCAAUGGCUGCUGUGACUCAGAGUUUUACUCAUCGGCGAUCUUUGGCCACGGGCUUUGUUUUGACAGGUGUAGGUAUUAUGUCCUUUGCACUGACACCCCUUUUGCAAUAUCUGGUUGAAAUAUACUCCUGGCGGGGGGCCCUUCUCUUGUUGUCUGGAAUUACCCUUCAUUCUGUACCCUGUGGGGCUUUACUGCGGCCUCAUUCAGAAGAAUCUCGUGGCCAUUCUCGAUCACUACUAUGGGGUUGGGAACUGCUGUGUGAAGGGGCCUUCAUGCGGUAUUGUCUGGCCAUCACACUAAUCAACACUGGCUACUUUGUGCCGUUUGCCCACCUAGUGGCUCACAUGCGAGCAAAAGGAGUUGGUGAGCAGCAUGCAGCCUUGCUGAUGUCUUUGGUAGGGGUGGCAGAUGUGGGUGGACGGCUUUUUGCUGGAUGGCUGUCUGACUUCAUUCCGCGGCACAACCUUCCGCUUCUCAGUUUUUGGACUGUUGUGACUGGUGUGAUCCUAGGACUCCUUCCCUUAGCUAUUAAUUCAGUAGAGAUGGGACUAUCUGUUGUGGCCUUUGGCUUUUGUGCUGGGGCUCUCACCCCUGGAGUAUUCUCUGCCCUGCCUAGGGUUGUGGGCAAUCAGAAAGUUUUACCUGCCCUUGGACUACUACAAAUGAUUGAGAGUGUUGGUGGACUUCUGGGUGCUCCAAUCUCAGGAUGGCUAUGUGAUUUAACUGGCAACUUCACUCUGUCCUUUGCAGUCUCAGGUACCUUCCUUGUUAUUGGAGGCCUUAUCAUACUCAUGUUACCUGGAAUCUGUUACAAGUCUUCAGAUUCAGAGAACACAGAUCCUGAUAAGUCUUUAAAAAUUUCUUCUGAGCAUCUGGAAAGAAAGACUUACAGUGGACAAAAAUCAGAGAGCUUGGACCAACCAAAUGGAAACCAGAAUAGACAAGUGCCCAUACUUAAAGAUCCUUUAAUGAUCCAGGUUGUCAGUGAUCUACCUUUAAUAGACAGAACUUCCCAAUCAGAGAACAGAACAAAGAAUGUCCUGCUUUCAAGUGAUAGCACUGACCAAUUAGAGUUAAACAUAGGAAAUGGAUCACCCCCAAGAGAAAGAACUGACCAAUCAAAGAGCAGCCUAAAUUAAAUAAAUCUGCAGUCAAUGACUAGUGAUGUCACAAAAUGAACAGUCAAACACAAUAAAUAUUCUCAGGUAUCAGAAGCAGAUUAAAGGGUGAAAGUUGCUAUUUUUUAUGAAUUCAAUUAACUUUAAUCAUAAUCACCUGUCCAUGUUCCUGUAUACAGCUGGGUUCUGAUAAAAAAAUAUAAUGAUCCCAAGGUAACAGAAAAAUGUAAACCAGAAAAAACCUAAUAGCACAAAUACGUACUGUAAAAACAUUUAAAAUGAAACCAAUUUAUUAGUCGUGGAAUCAGUAUUUAUCGUUUACUGAAUAACAUAAGUGUUUUUGACAAUUGAAGUAAAACCUUUAGCAACUAAUAAUAUUAAUAGUAUAGAGAAAUCUACAUUUCCUGUAACAAGUCCUUUCAUUGAUUUCAUUCUAAAUAAUGUUGGCAUUGCUGAUUUUUACUAAAGGGUAAAGCUACAAUUAGCAUUACAGAAUGUAGUCCUAAUGGAUGGAUUUCAAUGCCAUGAGCUGUACACCAGGGUCCUUUGUUCAUAAUAGUGAAAAGGGAUGUGAAGAGCAUGGCCUAUAUUAAAGGACAGUAUAACUGAUGUGUAUCUCAAGCGCCAAAAAGAGCCAUCCACUCAAGCCCCUCCGAAAAAAGCGAGAUCUCCCAACCCGAUCUCAAAUUUAAGUAGAUCAAAUUAUGCAGGGGGGGGGGGGGGGCGCCAAAGAGUCCUCCAAUCAAAGAGUCUAUAGGCUGAAGAGUGGGAUGAGAAGGUUAAAGAGGGAGUACUAGGCGGGGUAUUAAUUAAAAUAGGAGAUCAAUGUGACCCUCAUAAAUCUCAUAGAACCCUAAAAAAUCCAAUUUAAUAAUACUUAUACUUUAAAAGAAUGUUCAAAAAAAUAAUAAAUAAUAGGUUAUCCACAUGUGUAUAAAAGUACAGUAUAUAAGGCACUGGUAAAAUUGGAAUCAAUAAAAUAACUAUGAACCUUAAAUGUAUACCUAAUUUAAUAAACACAAGUAUAUAAAAACAUAUAUAAACUAAUUAGACGGAUGUCUAAAAAAUGUCCCGGAUAAAGUCUUUGAAUUAUAAAUUAAGUCCAGAUAGUUCCCAUGUAAUCCAGUAUAUCCUAAUAUAUCCAAUGGGGAUAACUCCAAGGUGCGGUAGGGUGAAAGAAUAGACGAUGAAAAAAAUAAUGAGAAAAAAUAUAUAAAAAUAUAAAAAAUUAAAAAUAUGAAAAAUAAUGUAUUAGAAGUGAAAAAAGGUGGUGUGUGUUCGUGUGAAAAAUUGUGUAAUAAAAUUGUGUAAUAAAAAAUUAUGUGAAGAAA